GCUCUAGAACUUCCAUCGAUUACUUUUUCAAUUACCACAACCACAAGCUGUCCUUUACUGCAGACUGCUGCAGUAUAUUUUUUUCAAAAAGAUGACAUCAUCCUAAUGUCCCUUAAAGGUAUACAGCUGAGAUACAGACAUGAAACAAACGCAAUGGUGGCUCCGGGAAUGAAGUGUAAUGUAAUAGUCCGUUGUUCAUAAUUUGAGCUAAAACGGUGAAAAUGAAUGACAGUUGCAUAUUUUGACAUUGGAGACCGCUGUGAUCAAGCUUUUUAACUAUUGUCAACGAAAGACGUUGUAUCUCAUAGGCCAACAGGAGGAAAACAGAACAACUAUCCAAUCAGAUUGGCUGUUGGAUCCAGGUGGUAAAUUCUCCUUCUCUCUGGAGUGUUUUUUUGUGUGUGUAUUUUCCAGCUUCCCCGACGCCGCCAUUAAAUACCAACAGAACGCUUGUUGGAAAUGGGGAUUAAAAUGAUUUAAAGCCCCGGAGAGACGGCAAAGGGACGGGGGGAGGGCCGGGGGGGUUGUUGUGCAAUUGCAUAGGUCUCGAAGCCCCGCACAAACGGAGCACGGAAACGUAAAUAUGCGGCUACUGACCAAAUAAAUGCUUGACUUCGGACUUACGGACUGGGUUUCUUUGGGAAGGCUCGAGUGGAUAGAACUGGGGACAAGCUAGAGAACGGUUUGGUUGUGCUUGGAAGAGGAGUGUCAACACAGGAAAAGCAUCCUGCUUGCCUGUGUGAUCUCCUUGAGUGGAGCUGUGGUGCUGAGCCCCUCCCAGCGGCAGCCUCUCCCAGCGGUGGAGCGACAAUGACCGAGCUGGGUACCAAGUGGGCCUGUGAGUACUGCACGUUUGAGAACUGGCCCUCGGCCAUCAAGUGCACCAUGUGCCGCGCCCAGAGGCCCAGCGGGGGCGCCAUCAUCACUGAGGAGCCCUUCCGGAGCAGCCCUGGCCUGGACACCAGCCGCCAGUGGGAACCCCCAAGCCUGAGUAACAGCCCGCCCAAGGGAGGCUCUAGCCUCCUAAUCUGCCCGGACUCCAGCGCCCGUCCCCGUGUCCGCAUUGCAGACGCCCCCGAGACCCCCUCCAGCAAGUGGUCAUGCCACAUUUGCACCUACCUAAAUUGGCCCCGUGCCAUCCGCUGCACCCAGUGUCUGUGCCAGCGACAUCAGCAGGAGCAGCACCACCAUGGACUGGCACAGCAGCCACGCAGCCCAACCGAGUCACCCCAGACCUCAGGCUCAGGAUGCCGGCCCGCACCCCCCUCCACCCCUACUGACCCCUGCGAGGAGUAUAACGACCGCAACCGCCUCAACACCCGCGCCCAGCACUGGACCUGCGCCGCCUGCACUUAUGCAAACUGGCCCAAUGCGUGCAAAUGUGUAGUGUGUGACCACCCUAGGCCCAAUAGCCUGACAGAACCUAUCGAACUGGCCUCUAAGCCAGAGAGCCUACCACCCUCCAUACUCAAUGAGCAGGACAGGGACAACAGGAGGGGGGGUGUGAGUGUGGGAGGGGGCGGCGGUGGAGUAUUGGGGUGCAGUGGCGGCCAGAGGAGGUCCCCACCCACCUCCGAGCGGGAGGCGGAGGUUAAAAUGGACUUUCAGAGGAUCGAACUGGCUUCGGGAGCUGGAGUGGGGAGCAUAGAGGAGCAGCAGGUAGACUUUAAAAGGCUCAAACAGAUAAAGAACAGGAUGAGGAGAACUGACUGGUUGUUUCUCAAUGCCUGUGCAGGUGUGGUAGAGGGGGACCUGGCUGCAGUAGAGGCCUAUAAGUCAUCAGGGGGGGACAUCGCCAGGCAGCUGACGUCCGACGAGGUGCGUCUCCUAAACCGGUCAUCGGCCUUCGACGAUGGCUUCACCCUGGUCCACCUGGCCAUCCGCUUCCAGAGGCAGGACAUGCUGGCCGUGCUCCUCACUGAGGUGUCCCAGCAGGCAGCUAAGUGUAUCCCAGCCAUGGUGUGCCCUGAGCUGACGGAGCAGAUCCGUCGUGAGGUGGCUGCCUCCCUGCACCAGCGCAAGGGAGACUUCACCUGCUACUUCCUCACUGACCUGGUCACCUUCACCCUGCCAGCAGAUAUUGAGGACUUGCCCCCAACAGUUCAGGAGAAACUGUUCGACGAAGUGCUGGACCGAGAUGUACAGAAAGAGCUGGAGGAGGAGUCUCCCAUCAUCAACUGGUCUAUAGAGCUAGGAACGCGGUUGGACAGCAGGCUGUAUGCCCUGUGGAACCGCACGGCCGGGGACUGCCUGUUAGACUCAGUACUGCAGGCCACUUGGGGCAUCUAUGACAAGGACUCUGUCCUCCGCAAGACCCUUCACGACAGCCUGCACGACUGUUCCCACUGGUUCUACACACGUUGGAAGGAGUGGGAGUCGUGGUACUCCCAGAGCUUCGGCUUGCACUUCUCACUCAGAGAGGAACAGUGGCAGGAAGACUGGGCUUUCAUUCUCUCACUGGCCAGCCAGCCUGGAGCCAGCCUGGAGCAGACUCAUAUUUUUGUUCUUGCACACAUUCUUCGUAGACCAAUCAUCGUCUAUGGAGUGAAGUAUUACAAAAGUUUCCGUGGUGAAACACUUGGGUACACCCGUUUUCAAGGUGUGUACUUGCCCCUGUUGUGGGAGCAGAGUUUCUGUUGGAAGAGUCCCAUCGCGCUGGGCUACACGCGUGGCCACUUCUCUGCACUGGUGGCCAUGGAGAACGACGGCUUCGACAAUCGGGGCGCAGGCGCCAACCUCAACACAGACGACGACGUCACCGUCACCUUCCUACCGCUGGUGGACAGCGAGAGAAAAUUGCUCCACAUCCACUUCCUCUCAGCACAGGAGAUGGGUAAUGAAGAGCAGCAGGAGAAGCUGCUGAGGGAGUGGUUGGACUGCUGCGUGACGGAGGGCGGAGUGCUGGUGGCCAUGCAGAAGAGCUCCCGCAGGCGGAACCACCCCCUGGUCACGCAGAUGGUGGAGAAGUGGCUGGAUGGCUACCGACAGAUCCGCCCCUGCGCCUCGCUCUCCGACGGCGAGGAAGAGGAGGAGGAGGAGGAGGAUGAGUGACGAAACGGGUGUAGGCGGGGGUCCCCAGGGGCAGGGGUCCUGCCUCGUUUUUGGGGGGUUUUCCUCCUUUCCUGACACGGACAAACUGAAAGGGGAGGGAAUCCUGAGCCUCACCACACCCUGGCAGAGGACAUACACAUACAAAUAUCUUAGAGACUGACAGAAGAAAUGGUCCACUGCUGCAAAAAGACCUGGGGAUGAUGGGAAAUAAAGGAUUAUAGUAUAAUAAUGCUAUUUAUCUUUAUUGAUUUUCUAAUGUAAAAUCUUUAUCCAAAAGUGUAAAAAUGCAUGUGGUUGUUUAAAAAAAGAAGUAUAAGGAAAUAUACCAGCAUCGAUUCAAACAUCUUUCUGUUCAUUAUGGGCACUGACGAAGCACACUUGCAAAAUUACUGUUGUUUUUCAAGUUGAAAUAGAGUUGGCUUGUUUUUUUGAUGGGCAGUGACUAAGCCAACAUAUCUUUUGAGUCAUGGGACCCAAUGGAGAACUGGCCCGAUUGUGUAAUAUGAACUUAAUUCUUAAUACUAAGCACUGCACAUUUAUUGAAAGACACAUUUCUAUAUGAAUAUAACUGCUUGAAUAAAGGUCAUUUAUUAAGCUUUGAAAUGGCAGUUCAAAGUCACUAAGUUUUAGGAGACAGAUCAUACACAUGGAUGUUUAGUUUUCCUUUUUUUCCGACUGGCUGAAAUGAAAUGUCUUGUUUUUAAUUUCAUCUCCAAACUAAUUUUACAUAUUUAUUUGUUUGGGAGCGUUUGAGCUAAGGAGAGCUUUGAUUCUCUGUAUUUUUCUUUCAUUUAUUAUUUAAAUCUAGAUUAUAAUUUUUUUUAGGCUGCACUAACAUUUUUGCGGUGAGGAAAAUAACAACCAUCUGUAAAAGUUGACUUCAGUUCUCUUGUGAUUCAGUAUCUCAUUUGAAUGGUUGGUGAUGUUUGGGAGGAGAGUAAGACAUAUAAUGUCAACAUUAAACCAGAAACACCAGUUUCUUGUCAUAUUUUUCCUCUGUCUUGCUAUUCCUCCCUGUCAAGUUUAACCCAUGGUACCUGUGUUUUAUUUUUCUCUAAUGUAUAUGUGAACAUCUUGAAUUGAGUUUAAGGUCUUUGUGAGAGACUGCACAUAAACCAAAGUUGUAAAAACAUGCUUUAGCAGUGAAGGAAGUUUGUUGGGUUUCCUUGCUGUUGAAUACUGUAACUUUUAUUUUGGUGUAUUACAAUCUUGUUAUACACAUUUUGAGCAUCACCUGUAUGUUGCUUUGUAUUUAUGCAAUAGUUGCAGAUCUGACUAUGAUGGUUUGUGGAUUUAGGUAAAAGCCUGACCUCGCUUUAGCGUGUGUGGCACGGACAGGAAAAAAUAAAGGAAAACCUUUUUGAAUGUCCAAUUA